CCAUGCUUCAAAGACCUGCAGCCAACUGGCCAGCUAAAUCUCUCUCCACAGGUGCAAUUUGACUUCUCAGCACAAGACUUACAAGACUUGGGAGAGAUAGGCAGAGGCCAGUUUGGGACUGUGAACAAGAUGAUUCAUCGCAAGAGCAAUACAAUGAUGGCAGUAAAGCGGAUUAGGUCAACCGUUGAUGCAAAGGAGCAAAAGCAGCUAAUCAUGGAUCUAGUAGUGGUUAUGAAGUCGAAUGAUUGCCCAUACAUCGUCCAAUUUUAUGGGGCUGUCUUUGAAGAGGGGGAUUGCUGGAUUUGCAUGGAGCUCAUGGACACCUCGCUGGAUAAGUUUUAUAAGUUCGUAUAUGAGCAGCUUCGGCAAAGGAUACCUGAGUGCAUCCUGGGGAAGAUCACUGUUGCUACAUUGAAGGCCCUGAACUACCUGAAGGAGAAUUUGAAAAUCAUCCAUCGAGAUGUGAAGCCUAGCAACAUUCUCCUAGACAGGAGAGGAAAUAUUAAGUUGUGUGACUUUGGCAUCUCAGGCCAACUUGUUGAUUCCAUUGCCAAGACACGUGAUGCUGGUUGCAAGCCAUACAUGGCUCCUGAGCGCAUCGAUUUGAGGAAAGUUCAACCUGGAUAUGAUGUACGUUCUGAUGUCUGGUCCCUGGGAAUUACACUAAUGGAACUGGCUACAGGGUGUUUCCCAUACCCAAAAUGGGACAAUGCGUUUGAGCAGUUAAGUCAAGUAGUUGAAGGAGACCCGCCUCAACUAUCCCCUUGUGAGAAUGGCAACACCUUCACCAUGGAAUUUGUUGACUUAGUCAACACAUGCUUGAUGAAGGAUGAGACCAAGAGGCCUAAGUAUGACAAGUUGCUCAUGCAUCCUUUCAUCCAGCAUUCCGAUGCAGAGUCAAUCGACAUCUCCCAAUAUGUGUCCAACAUUCUGGAUCAAAUCACAAACAAUGAAGUGAAUUCUUCCAUGCCCAUGGAGACCUGAACUCAACUGGUCUCCAUCCUCUUGUGAUAUGAAUAUAUGUACCCUCUGGUUGAUGCAGUACCUCUGGUUCAGUAAAAAUGUUUUGGAAAGUCUUAGGCCAGUGCUUCAUGCAUGACAUUCACAUUCAAAGUAUUAUAUCACAUUUUACCUUGGCUAGACUUCUUAUUCUAUUAUCUGUUGCUUAAGAGGAAGCAAAGUUAAUAAAGGAAACACCC